AAUACAUAUAACAUUUUUUAUUCUUCAAAGCCCACUUGCCCAACCUUGUCUCCAACCUUGCCCGGAUUAUGUUCGUCUCAAGUCGAAAGUCCCACACCGUUAAAGAGAGAGAAGGGGAUUGAAAAAGUGGACAAUAAAAGAAAGAAUCAGAACAAGGCUUAAGCAUACCUUUCUCGGCCUUUUGGCUAAGAUCAAGUGUAGUAUCUGUUCUUAUCAGUUUAAUAUCUGAUACGUGGCCCAAUGGGCCACACGAUAUUAAAUUUAUUUUUCUGGGGGGAGAGCCCACCACAGUAGCUUGCUACUGGGCCUCUCGUGCGUCGCCCAUGCGUUGCACUAAAGCAUCGGCCUGGCGCACCCCACCCAAACGGAAACCAAAGAUUUCUUCUUCUUCAACAAUGGAGAUUGAUCUUUCAAAAAUCGCACUCCGUCCGUAUAAAAUCUCCGAUGCGGAUGACUUCUUGAUGUACGCUGGCGACGAUAGAGUCACACGGUUCACACGGUGGAACACCUUCACAUCCAAGGAAGAUUCACUUGCCUACAUAAACGACUACUGCAUCCCGCACCCUUAUUGUAGAUCCAUAUGCAUAGCUGACCGUUCGAUCGGAUUUAUUAUCGUCGUGCCGGGAUCCGGUGAUGACAGCUGCAGGGCAGACGUUGGGUACGCCUUAGCUGCGGAGUACUGGGGAAAAGGUAUAACAGGUAGAGCAGUGAAGAUGGGCAUCGCUGAAGGGCUAAAAGAGUUCCCAGAAGUGGUCAGGUUUCAAGCUCUGGUUGAGUUGGAGAACAAGGCCUCCCAGAGGGUCUUGGAGAAGCUUGGGUUCCUCAGGGAAGGUGUGAUGAGGAAGUAUAUCUUUAACAAAGGGCAGAGCAGGGAUAUUGUGAUGUACAGUCUUUUGUCUACCGAUCCCAAUAUUCCUUGAAUUGUAAUUCCUCUUCUCCAUCCGGUUAGUUAAAUUCAA